CGGCUCCCCCAGCACUCGGCAAUCUCCGGACAGUGUCGUCGUUCGGCUCCCCCAGCACUCGGCAAUCUCCGGGCCAUCGGGCGGCGCCAUUUUGUUUAUAUGUGGAGUCGGCGGCGGAGGUGCAGUCACAGCUCACACAAGGAGAGGCGACCAAUCCGGCAAUGGACGGCAUUGUUACUGAUGUUGCAGUGGGCGUUAAGAGAGGUUCUGACGAGCUGCUUUCUGGAAGUGUUCUUAAUGGUCCCAGUUCUAACAUGACCAGCAUAGUUGUGACAGCCAAUGGAAAUGAUAACAAAAAGUUUAAAGGGGACGACAAAAUGGAAAGUGCACCUUCCCGAGUGCUUCAUAUCCGGAAACUUCCUGGUGAAGUUACAGAGACCGAAGUCAUAGCUUUGGGUUUACCCUUUGGGAAAGUGACAAAUAUCCUAAUGUUAAAAGGAAAAAAUCAGGCUUUUUUGGAAUUGGCAACAGAGGAAGCGGCUGCCACCAUGGUGAAUUAUUACAAUUCAAUGACUCCGCACUUACGUAACCAGCCCAUCUAUAUUCAGUACUCCAACCAUAAGGAACUUAAAACGGACAGUGCACUAAACCAGCGUGCCCAAGCCGUGCUACAGGCGGUGUCUGCCGUUCAGACUACAAAUUCCACGGUGGGCAAUACUUCGGGAAGCGAGAAUGCCAUCACCUCUGCACAGAGCCCGGUGCUGAGAAUAAUCAUCGACAACAUGUACUACCCCGUGACACUCGAUGUCCUUCACCAGAUCUUUUCUAAGUUCGGCACGGUGCUGAAGAUAAUCACAUUUACAAAAAACAAUCAGUUUCAAGCAUUGCUCCAAUAUGCAGACCCAACCAAUGCACAACAAGCGAAGCUGGCAUUAGAUGGCCAGAAUAUCUAUAAUGCUUGUUGUACCCUACGGAUUGAUUUUUCUAAGCUGGUGAACCUUAACGUGAAAUACAACAACGACAAAAGUCGGGACUAUACCCGUCCAGACUUGCCGUCUGGGGAUGGGCAGCCUGCGUUAGAUCCAGCUAUAGCUGCAGCGUUUGCCAAGGAAACUUCACUUCUAGCUGUUCCUGGUGCGCUAAGUCCAUUAGGAAUACCGAAUGCCGCUGCAGCUGCGGCCGCUGCUGCCGCAGGCCGUGUUGGUAUGCACGGGGUCAUGACGGCCGGCAACACCGUUCUCCUUGUAAGCAAUCUGAAUGAAGAGAUGGUUUCGCCCCAAAGUCUGUUUACCCUCUUCGGUGUUUAUGGCGAUGUGCAGCGCGUGAAGAUUUUGUACAAUAAGAAGGACAGCGCUCUCAUACAGAUGGCUGAUGGCAACCAGUCACAACUGGCUAUGAGCCAUCUUAAUGGACAGAAGAUGUACGGAAAGAUUAUCAGGGUGACCUUGUCCAAACACCAGACAGUACAGCUACCUCGCGAAGGCCUGGAUGAUCAAGGGCUAACAAAAGAUUUUGGCAACUCUCCUCUACAUCGUUUCAAGAAGCCCGGCUCUAAAAACUUCCAGAAUAUCUUCCCACCAUCCGCAACCCUUCACUUGUCAAACAUUCCGCAAACCAUUACCGAAGACGACCUGCGCACACUGUUUACCAACACAGGGGGGACUGUGAAAGCUUUCAAGUUCUUUCAGGACCAUAAAAUGGCCCUCCUUCAGAUGUCUACUGUGGAAGAAGCUAUCCAGGCGCUGAUCGACCUCCACAACUACAACAUUGGCGAUAAUCACCAUCUGAGGGUUUCAUUCUCCAAGUCAACCAUUUAAGAGGAGAACGGAGAGAGCAGAGCGUCUGGUUUUAUUGCGUCGUUCAGUGUAUUGUCGCCGGUAGACUGUUCAGAAAAGUGGGGACCAGAGUCUAUUGUUCUUCACUCUGUUAUCAUUCCUUGGUUCAUUACGUUCAUUGAUAUAAAGCGCAGUUAACAUUUAGCUGCCGCUCGUACAUGGUGACUAGGGAAGCCAUCUGUGUUUGUUUCCAUUUUUACUUUUUCUUUUUUUAAUCCAUGGACAUGUGCCUUAUGAAAAUGUGUUUUUCUUUUUCCUUAAGUGUUACCGUUUUAGGACAUGGAUGAAUCGUCAUGGGCACAUUGUUACAUGUGUAUAGGUACAUAAUGCACCAGGAGAUGUGGAAAAAGGUUAAGCUGCUUCUCAUGGGAACCACUUUCAUUUUUACCCUUUAUUUUUUAAUAUUUCCUCCUUAUUUGCCUUAUUUUUUUUUUUUUUCCUGGUAGAAAUUGCAGGAUUAAAAUUUUUAGUUACCGUAUAUACUCGAGUAUAAGCAGUUUUUCAGCACGAUCUUUUUGUGCUGAAUACGCCCCCCUUGGCUUAUACUCGAGUGAACUCUCCGCCUGUCAAUCCCUUCUCAGUGGUCUUCAACCUGUGGACCUCCAGAUGUUGCAAAACUAUAACUCCCAGCAUGCCCGGACAGGCAUCGGCUGUCCGGGCAUGCUGGUAGUUGUGGUUUUGAAACAUCUGGAGGUCCGCAGGUUGAAGACCACUGCGGCCUUCGUCAUCAUCCAGACCCCCCUUUAGUUUUCCACUCACAUCCCCUCGGUGGGAAGGAAGGGUGAGCUGGUCCGGGACAUCUAUGCUGCAGGGAACGUCCGGUGGGGAGGGUUAGUCGUUCUGGGCUGUCCAUCUUCACCGGGAGGCCCUCUUCUCCGCUCCGGGCCGGCCCC